ACAUUAUUCACAGGAGCCGCGCAGCCGACACAACCGCAGUUCUGAUACUGUUGUUUUGGUUUUGAAGUUGAUCACAGAAAUGCAAAAGAAAUAUAUAUUUAGCUCGGGCCCGAAAUUGGAAUGAGUUGUGCUAUCAAGUAACUCACUUUUCGAUAGAAAGGAACUCUGAUCUACAGCUGUUGCUGCAUGAUGGCGUUCAGAUCAUCUUUAAGAAUAGUACCUCUUUUCUUGAAGCAGACCAGAAUUUUAUCUGUCAACUCGGUCUGCUCUAGUAGAUUCAGUACACACGGUUUAGAGAACGAUGGUAGCAGAAAUGAGUAUUCAGGUGGCAGAGAAAACACUUCCAGGUGGACGUUACCUCUUGGCAUGUGUUUAUCUGCUGUUGGGAGUUGUCUCCUAUUGAAGUGGAACGAUCCUGAUCACCAAUUCUUUUCAUCUGUACUGGCUGCUGAACCUUAUGAUUCAGGUUCAGGUGGCUCACGCAAUAAAUUCAAUUUUGUUGCGGAUGUUGUAGAAAAAGUUGCUCCCACUGUUGUCAGCUUGCACACAUCUCAAAUUACUGGUGGAUACCAGGAGAUAAGUGCAGCAUCUGGAUUUAUUGUAUCGUCUGAUGGUUUAAUUGUCACUAAUGCUCAUGCUGUGUACAAUAAAUCAGUAAUUCAGGCCACUUUGCUUGAUGGAAGAACUUUUGAGGCAAGAGUGGAAACAAUGGAUCAAAUGACAGACCUCGCAACAAUUCGUAUACCAUGUAAAAAUCUGCCAGUUUUGAAAUUAGGCUCAUCCGACAGCCUUCGACCAGGAGAAUGGGUUAUAUCCAUUGGAAGUCCUGCUGGUCUUUCGAACUCUGUGUCCUGUGGUGUUGUUAGUACAGUGGGCAGAAAAAGCACUGAAUUACGAUUGCACUCCCAGGAAAUGGAAUACAUUCAGACUGAUGCUCCUAUCAAUCAAGGAAACUCAGGAGGACCACUGGUUAAUUUGGAUGGUGAAGCGGUUGGUGUAAAUUCUAUGAAGCUACUUCAUGGUAUUUCUUUUGCUAUUCCCAGCAAUAUUGUGAAGGAAUUUCUUGAGGAUCCACACAAACCUCAUGUAUCAUCACCCAAAAAACCAAACAAGUCUUCUGCACGUAACAUAGGCAUCACAUGUCUUUCCCUGACACCAUACCUGAGGUCUGAAAUAGAGAGGCACCACAAUUACUCUAUAAGAGCUACCCAUGGUGUUUACAUUGUAGAUGUACAUGCUUUAUCGCCUGCUAUGAGAGCGGGCCUCAAGGGGGGAGAUGUAAUCAUUGCUGUUAACAAUAAACCAAUCAAAUCAACAGACCAACUCUAUGAAGCUACCAUUGAUAAUACAGCAUUAUUUGUAACUGUUGUCAGAGGAGAUAUGAAGCUAGGUCUUAAAAUUGAAUUGGACUGAUUUUUGUUGUUUUUGUGUGUUUCCUUCUAUAUUUGAACUGUGUUCCGCUGUGCAUUGUUUGGCUAUUCUAUUCAUACUUUUAAAAAGUUAAUUGAGAGUAAAAACUAAACAACUAUA